CCUUCUACCCACCCACUUCCUGGAUCCAAUUAGGAUCACUCUCCUGCUGCCCUCUGGCCAUGCUGUAUCACAGUGAGCAGAGUUUUUAAAUAACCUCUCACUGUACGGGACCUAGUUGCUGAUUAGGAGUCAGAGAACUGUCAUGCAAUAAAGGGGGCCGUGUGAUUUCUUUUUUCAGAGUCUCGUUAACCAGUGUGUGGGAUCAGAAGCACAGUUUGUGACUGGUCAGUGAGUUUAACUUCAGUGUUAACCACCAGUUUGGGGAGCAUCUGCUCUCCCUUUUUCAGCCUGCUCUGACCUUGGCAUUUUCAGUGAGGACUGCCCCAGGCACACUAGGUCACACUAAGCACUGAAGAUAAAUUAAUAGAAUGUUUUUGAUGAUCAGGUUGUAUGAAAUCAACUGAACUCCUUUGUUUUCUUUCAUCUGAGCGGAGUUUCUGGUUUUCCAACGUGAUAUGAUCUCCCAGCUGGAACAAGGGGAAGAGCCAUGGGUCCCAGAGCUCCAGGGUUCAGAGGAAAGAGAGAUCCUGAGAUCUCCCCGCACAGAUGAGGAAACAUUAAACCAACUCAGAAUUUCAGGUGAUGCAAUGACGUGUGAGGGUCAGCACAGACCAGAAAAAGAGCAGGGAAACCAGCCAGGGGAGAAAAUGGAUAAAUUUAUUUCCUGUCAGGGAACUCAGAAGGGCCUUAAGGAAACCAGAAUACAGCAGGAAAUCUGCAGGGAAAAGCAAAAAAAUACAUGUGCUGAGUGUGGGAAAAACUUCACUUACAGAUCAGGCCUUUCUCAACAUCAGAGAAUCCACACAGGGGAGAGGCCCUGUGAAUGCAAUGAGUGCGGGAAAACUUUCAGUCGCAGCUCGCACCUUAUUGGGCAUCAGAGAAUCCACACAGGGGAGCGCUCCUAUGAAUGCACUGAGUGCGGGAAAACCUUCAAUCGCAGCUCUCACCUUAUUCAGCAUCAGAGAAUCCACACGAGCAAGAAGCCCCGCGAAUGCCGUCAGCAGGCCUGCACAACUUGUAAA